GUCCGCAGCCGCGCUAAGAUGGCGACUCCCAUGCAUCGGCUCAUAGCUCGGAGACAAGCUGAAGCAAAUAAGCAACAUGUAAGAUGUCAGAAAUGCUUAGAAUUUGGACAUUGGACUUAUGAAUGCACAGGAAAAAGAAAAUACCUACAUAGGCCUUCAAGAACAGCAGAACUAAAGAAAGCUUUAAAAGAAAAAGAAAACAGAUUAUUAUUAUUACAACAAAGCAUCGGAGAAACUAAUGUAGAAAGAAAGACGAAGAAAAAAAGGUCUAAGAGUGUCACCAGUUCCAGUAGCAAUAGCAGUGACAGUUCAGCCAGUGAUUCUUCAUCUGAGAGUGAAGAAACAUCUACCUCAUCCUCCUCAGAGGACAGUGACACCGAUGAAAGUUCCUCCAGUUCAUCGUCUUCAUCCUCCUCCACAAGCUCUUCCUCGUCCUCUGAUUCAGACUCAGAUUCUAGCUCUUCCAGUAGCAGCAGCACCAGCACAGAGAGCAGCUCUGAGGAUGAACCACCAAAGAAGAAGAAAAAGAAAUAGAAUCGCUUCGUCCCUAUUGGACUGCUGGACUGAACACAUCAGUGUGAUUCUCGAAAGGGAAUUUAGAUUGUGUUAAGGCCAAACAGGUUAACCAGUCAACAUUUCUAGAGUUUGGAAGUUUCUAAAUGUUUUACACAUCAUAAGAGCAUAAAGAGUAUUAAUAAUGGAUUAUAUAUGUGUGUGUGUGUGUAUAUACAUAUAUAUAUAUGUAUAUGU